AAUGUUGGACUUCAUUUUCUCCCAAAAAACCCCCCAAAAAAAACUAUGCCCAUGGGAGAAGACAACAUUCCGUGGUUUAUUUCCAUACUCUAAAAGGAUUCGAAUGUCCACUGGGUUUGUUCCCAGAAGAAAUUUAUCAUUUUACUAACAGUAAAAAAAAAAGAAAAAGGAAGUGGUUCUGUCCUGCUCUUCUGCCAAGAGAAAGAGAAGUGCUUGUUGGAUCAUGCCAAAUACCAGCUGUAAGGUAAAUAUAUAAACAUUACAUUUGCAAGUCUCUCACGGACAGUCGCGGCUUUUCCAGUGAAUUUCUCUUUCUCAGAUACAGUUUGCUGCAUAAUGGACUAUGAAACAUUGUCUGAUUUGGAUGAGAAUACAACAUAUCAUCAACAUAUCGUCACUUUGUGAAUGAUCAUAAUGGACAAUCUAAACACCCCUGACUUCAAUAUGAAUGCGCUUGUUUGCUAUGAAUCCAUUAACGGAUCUUGCUGGAGGAUUCCCCGACCUUUGAACAUCCAGGUCUCCAUGUUUCUCGGCAUGGCACUUACUAUCCUCAUGACGGUGAUGGGAAAUAUAUUGGUUAUAAUUUCUAUUGCUCACUUCAAGCAGCUCCACACACCAACCAACCAUUUAAUCCUGUCUCUGGCCAUGUGUGACUUCUUGUUGGGUGUUUUUGUAAUGCCGUUAAGCUCCAUGCGGUCAGUGUACGGUUGCUGGUACCUCUCGGACUUUAUGUGUAAGGUGCACACAGGAAUGGACAUCAUGUUGAGCACAGCGUCCAUUUUUCAUCUCACUUGUGUGUCAGCGGAGCGGUUUUGUGCUGUGUGCAGCCCGUUGACGUAUCGUUCACGCUUUCGUUCUGCAACUGUGCUGUUUCUUGUCUCAGCUAGCUGGUUAAUUUCUGCAGCAUUUGCCUAUGCCUUGGUGUUUGGAGAACUCAACCUCAAAGGCAAUGAAGAUUUCUAUGAGUCCAACGUGCGUUGUGUGGGAGGAUGUCACGUUUUUUUCAGCCAUGGCUCAGCCGUGGUCACCUCUAUGGUCUCGUUUUUUAUCCCUGGCUUAAUUAUGUUCGCCAUCUAUUCCAGGAUUUACAUUGUUGCCAGAAGCCAAGCGAGAUCCAUCAACAUUUUGGCCAACCAGCUCAGGAUGCAAAGUCCCAAACCUGGAGCGUUUAGGUCCCGUACAAGGAAAGGUACAAUGACUCUUGCCAUUGUGGUUGGAGUUUUCCUCAUCUGCUGGACUCCAUUUUUUCUCUGCAACAUUAUUGACCCUUUUGUUGAUUACACAAUAUCACCUUCGCUAAUUGAUGCCCUGGUCUGGUUUGGAUAUUUAAACUCUGCACUGAAUCCUUUCAUUUAUGCGUUUUUGUACCCGUGGUUUAGAAAGGCUUUGAGGGUCAUUGUCAGUGGAGAGGUUUUUCACAGGAACAGUUGCAGAUUUCAACUGUACUCAUGAAUAAAACACGAAGACAUCUGGGAGAGACAUAAACAUGUUCUCUAGGUCUUUUUCCAUUAAUAUGGUCCUGAUGUAUGCCUUUUUGCCACAAACAGAUGCUGGUUCCCAGACUGAAAAAUUGGUUCUGUUUUUCAUUAGCUUGCUCGACAGGACCCAAGGAAGCAGAAGUGUCAGGGCCGGAGGGUGGGCCCCUUUAAUAAUUAUAAGUCUGAUACACGUCUUUCACGUAUUGGUUUUUCAACUAAACCAUAUCUGCACUGUUACAUGGUUGUAUGUUGAAUCCACUUGCUUCUGUAAACACAUGUUUAAAAUCAGGGCUCUAAACUGGUUUGAGAAACAAAAAUGUAAAUGAACGGAACAAAAGUGCCACAGACACUGUAAUCAUCCUCCUUAACUGAGAUCUCUGUUACUGCUUGGUUGAGUUUUCCUUAUUCUUUCGUUUAGCUUACUAUUUUAUUAUUGUACCUUUAAACCCCCAAAUGUUUUAGAUAACGUGCGUCUUGCAUGAUUUCAUUCAGUGUAUAUCUUCCCAUGUGCUAAAGUUAUAAAUAAAGUUACUUGGCUUCA